GGACGGACGAGCGUCCCGGGACCCCACCCCGCCGCGGGCACCAUGGGCGCUGCCCACUCCGCGUCCGAGGAGGUGCGGGAGCUGGAGGGCAAGACCGGCUUCUCAUCAGACCAGAUCGAGCAGCUCCACCGGAGGUUUAAGCAGCUGAGCGGAGACCAGCCCACCAUCCGGAAGGAGAACUUUAACAACGUCCCUGACCUGGAGCUCAACCCAAUCCGGUCCAAAAUCGUCCGUGCCUUCUUCGACAACAGGAACCUGCGCAAGGGGUCCAGCGGCCUGGCCGAUGAGAUCAACUUCGAGGACUUUCUGACCAUCAUGUCCUACUUCCGGCCCAUCGACACCACCAUGGACGAGGAGCAGGUGCAGCUGUGCCGGAAAGAGAAGCUGAGAUUUCUGUUCCACAUGUACGACUCGGACAGCGACGGCCGCAUCACCCUGGAAGAGUAUCGAAAUGUGGUAGAGGAGCUGCUCUCGGGGAACCCGCACAUCGAGAAGGAGUCGGCGCGCUCCAUCGCCGACGGCGCCAUGAUGGAGGCGGCCAGCGUCUGCGUGGGGCAGAUGGAGCCCGAUCAGGUGUAUGAGGGGAUCACCUUCGAUGACUUUCUAAAGAUCUGGCAGGGCAUCGACAUCGAGACCAAGAUGCACGUCCGCUUCCUUAACAUGGAGACCAUCGCCCUGUGCCACUGACUGCUCGCCCCCACGGA